AGCUGCCACGCCACGCGCACGCACCAACCACAUUUUUCUCGCUUUCACCUCUGUUUGGUUCGCUAGAAAAAUAGAGAAAGCAAAAAUUAAAAAGCGAAGGGAGGAAAAGAAAACCGAUCUACUGGUCCUCUUCGACUCAUUCCAAACCCUAAACCUCACGAAUCGAUCUGUUAGCUUCGCACCAUGACCUACACAUCUCGCGUGUUCAAUCAUUCCAAAAAGCUAAGAAAUGCUCCCAACUUACUACGGCAGGAGCAUUCCACUUUGGUCCGUUGGUUUUCUAACAAGGCUCGUCCCUUCAGCAGCAAAGGAGAUGAUAUUCUGAAGAUACCUGGAGAAAGAUAUCGGGAUUGUAACUCUCCGAGCACUGCCAGCUUCAGUCACACUUAUAGAGCAAUAAAUACUGAUACGAUAACAUCGUUAGGAAUAUUCGAGGGCAAUGUUUCAAGGACAGCAAUGAAAAUGGGAAUUCCAGUGACUGGUUCUCUGUUGAGCAAAGGUUUUUCAGGUUCAUGCAUGCAUCUAAGAAGAGGUUUUUCAUCAGAUUCAGGUCUUCCUGCACAUCAAAAGAUUGGAAUGCCUUCUCUUUCUCCUACAAUGACUGAGGGUAACAUUGCGAGGUGGUUGAAGAAAGAGGGUGAUAAAAUCUCUCCUGGUGAAGUGCUCUGUGAAGUUGAGACUGAUAAAGCAACAGUUGAGAUGGAAUGCAUGGAAGAAGGAUACCUUGCUAAGAUAAUUCAAGGAGAUGGGGCAAAAGAAAUUAAAGUUGGUGAGGUGAUUGCUAUAACUGUGGAGGAAGAGGAAGACAUUGCAAAAUUCAAGGAUUAUAAACCUUCCCCAUCAGAUGCUGCAGCGGAAAGCAAAGGAUCAUCUGAUUCUACCCCACCAAAAAAAGAAGAGGUAAAAGAGGAACCUACCAGUUCUCCAGAGCCAAAGAGUUCUAAGGCUAGUGCAGCUCCUUCAACAGAAGGUCGCAUUUUUGCUAGUCCUCUUGCAAGAAAACUGGCUGAAGAACACAAUGUACCUCUUUCAAGCAUCAAAGGAACGGGUACUGGUGGAAGCAUUGUGAAGGCUGAUAUUGAAGAUUACUUGGCUUCUCGUGGGAAGGAAGGUUCACUAACAGCUCCUAAGGUCACCGAUACAAUGGCAUUAGAUUACACGGACCUCCCUCAUUCUCAGAUAAGAAAGAUCACAGCUUCACGCCUAUUAUUAUCGAAGCAGACUAUUCCCCAUUAUUAUUUGACAGUGGAUACAUGUGUUGACAAACUUAUGGAUUUGCGAAGCCAACUCAAUUCAAUACAAGAAGCUUCUGGUGGCAAGCGGAUAUCCAUCAAUGAUCUUGUAAUUAAGGCUGCUGCUUUGGCUCUUCGAAAAGUUCCUCAAUGCAAUAGUUCAUGGACCAAUGACUAUAUUCGUCAGUACCACAAUGUGAAUAUCAAUGUUGCUGUGCAGACGGAUAAUGGACUCUUUGUCCCCGUCAUCAAGGACGCAGACAAGAAAGGUCUGUCCAAGAUUUCUGAAGAGGUCAAGCAGUUGGCCCAGAAAGCCAAGGAGAACAACUUGAAGCCCGUAGAUUAUGAGGGAGGGACAUUUACUGUGUCUAAUCUGGGAGGACCCUUUGGUAUCAAGCAAUUCUGUGCCAUCAUCAAUCCUCCUCAGUCAGGCAUUCUAGCCAUUGGGUCUGCCGACAAGAGGGUUGUACCUGGCACAGGCCCUGAUGAAUUCAAGUUUGCCUCCUUCAUGUCAGUGACACUAAGCUGUGAUCAUCGUGUCAUUGAUGGUGCAAUUGGUGCAGAAUGGCUGAAGGCGUUCAAAUCCUAUAUCGAGAACCCAGAAUCAAUGUUGCUGUAGGUCAAACAACAGCUUCCCAUCACACGUCAAAACAUAUGUUAACUUUUAAUGUUAUGAAUCCAGAUGAGGGACAUUCUGAGUUCGAGUGAAGUAUUCAUUUCUUGAGUUGUGAGAUUUGGUCGCAGAUGGGAAAGGCUGCAUGCAUGGAUUUUUUAGAAGAAUAAGACGACGGGGAUUGAGGCAAUCGAACUCUCAAUUUUGGUCAAGUAGAGUGUAAAGCUUCCUUCUAUCCAGAAGAUGUUUCCCUUGAAAUGUAUCAUCAUCUUUUUGGCAGGC